UGUGCCGAUCGCGAUGACGAACUUCAACUCAACGCUCUGACGUUCCCGUCGCUCUGAACUGCUGUGGCAUGCUGUCUCCAUGGAAACCAGUUUAGUUGGCGCAGUGCGUUUGCGUGGUUUGUAUAUUCCUGCUUGCUAGCACAUACACACAGGGCUUUCAAAUCUAACAGACGUAGGCUUGUGAAAUGAUCCGUUCGCCAUUUGGCUUACAUUUACGGGUGUUUGAUUGAGAUAAGCAUUAAAUGGGCAAAAUGCACGGCUUGGUCGAGAGGUGUCUUUUCUACUGUCCAUUUUUUUCAACUUUGUUGUCGCGUUAUUAGCGAGCUAACGCCAAGCCAGGUGAACAGGUAUGUGCGGCCAGGCUAAUGUAAUGCAAUGUAGCUCUUGAUGUAAACUUAAUCUUACAUUUAACGCCCAUCGGGAAUAUCUUGAAAGGGGGAUCUCUGCUUUCUGUGAAAACAGCCAUAUCUGGGUGGUUUGCCCCAUGUCAACGUGACAUAAGCUGGGAAAGGAUAUUUUUGCACAACAGCAUGCGCUGACCAAAAGCGCUCGACAUCUACAGCUGCUCCAGUGGGAAACACGCAUCCAAUCCGUAUUUUCUUGGUAAGUUAUCAGCACUUUCAUCGCAGGAUUCCCUUACUACUGUACGUGCUGCGUGGUUUGCAGCCGCCAGCACACGCAUCUCUCCAGAAGGCGCGCGUGUAAACCUCACAAACGAUUGAAUGUCCUACAACGCAAGGAAAUUAGCGAUACUUUUGCAACCGGUGGGACGCGUUUGUCGUGGGAGGACCGUCCUCUCUUCAUCAAAUAAAUCAUCAGUCAUUCCCUGUCAAGGUGCCGCAAUAAUGAAAGGACUUUGACUCUCGCGACAGAAUUAAGAAAAAACUUAGUACAGAUGUUUGUCAGGAAAAUGACGCCGAGUCAGUCCAGUUUGUAUGGAGAGAUAGAUGACCUGCAAGAUCUUACUUUUAUCGAGAGACCCAUACGAAGGAGUCUGAAGACUGCAGAAGAGAUUGAUAAACUCACAGUGGAUGAAGAUCUGAAUGACAUUGAGCGAGCAGUCUACCUUCUCAGUUCUGGUGAGGAUAUUCAGCGAGCCAGCGUCAUUAUCAACCUGCCAAUCCUAGUGCGUCAAAAUCCAGCAGAGACUUUCCGCAGGGUGGUUCCAAAAGUCAGGGAGGUUCUCCAUGUAGCUGGCGGAGAUAUGCAGCUCGCUGCAGCAGGAUCUUUCCUGACCAUCCUCCAAGACGACAUUGUCCUCAUCCAGACACACACCCACUCAAUCUUGCAGAUAGUUCUUUUAAAUCUCGACCACAGGGACACAGUGGUCAGCAAUGCUUGGUUGGAGACGUUGCUCUCAGCAAUUGAUGCUUUACCAAAGGAAACUAUCAGGCAAGAGAUUCUGAGUCCUCUGUUAUCAAAACAUCAGCUGUCUCAGUCUGUCCCAGCACGUCUGGCCAGCUGUCGCAUCCUUGGAAAGGUUGUUGGCAAGUUUGAGUCAUCAAUAGUGAAGAAAGACCUUCUGCCACUAGUCCGGUCGCUGUGCCAGGACGUGGAGUACGAGGUGCGCGCCUGCAUGUGUCGCCAGCUGGAGAACAUCACCAGGGGAAUUGGGGUGGACAACACUAAGGCUGAAGUUCUCCCUGAACUGGUUGAGCUGGCCCAAGAUGAAGCUAGUACAGUGAGACUAGCAGCCUUCGACACCAUCAUCAACCUUAUAGAGAUGUUUGACAGUGAUGACAGGAGCUGUGUGAUAUUUCCCUUGGUAAAGGCAUUCUGUGAAAAGUGUUUUAAAGGUGAUGAGGCAGUGCUGGCUUCCUUGUCCUUUCAGUAUGGAAAGCUUUGUCACGGCCUCUCGGAGUCUUUUACGGAUGAGCAGCACCUCUGGUUUCUUGAGUUUUAUAAAAAGCUGUGCUGUCUGGGUCUCCAGCAUGAAAACGGUCAUUGCGAGAGCCAGCCUUACCCACUAGAGCUAGAGAACAAAUACGCCCUGGUGCGCAGGAACUGCGCAUACAACUUUCCAGCCAUAGUGUUAUUCGCUGACCCAAACCACUUCCUGUCUGAAUUAUAUCGUACUUUCUCAAGUCUCUGUCACGACCCUGAGAUUUCAGUACGGAGGACGGCAGCUAGCGGUUUCCAUGAGGUGGUCAAAUUGCUGGGCCCAAAUGUACAUUAUGUACACAAAGAGCUAAUCACUUUGCUGCAGGAUGAUUCAUUAGAGGUACUGGAUGCUCUCUUAAACAAUCUCCAGGAGACUUUAGAACUGGCCACUUCCAGAGGGGAGGGGGCAGGACCUGAGAGCAAGGUGAACAUUCCAGACUUGGUUCCUGCUCUGGUGGCAGCAGAACAGAAAGCAGCGUCUUCACUUCACUGGAGAGUUCAUGAGAAGCUCCUGCAGUGCUACUCGUGUUUGCCCCGUGUCGUCUCUGGAGACCAGAUCUACUUCCGCUUCCUCCAGAGGAUGUUCAGCAUCAUCACCAACAAUAACGUUCUACCAGUCCAGCAAGAAGCCGUCAGAACAUUAUGUGUGUUUUUACGUUACAACCGCAAACAGGAACAGAGGCAAGAGAUCAUUAGCAAAAUAAAACAAGAGCUUGCCCAGGGAAGAAGCUAUUGGAACAGGCUGCGCUAUCUGGACCUUUGUUACAUCACAAUAGACCUCUUCUCCAAAUCGUAUUUUUGCAAACAUUUCCUCAUUCCGGCACUUGAGCUGGUCAGCGACCCCGUGGCCAAUGUCAGGUACAAGGUCUGUUAUAUGCUACCCAAAUUGAGAUCCACCAUCAGACCAGCAGACAAACAUCUGGUUCAGCAGCUGGAGUUUUGUGUGCGGAAAUUGUUGUGCCGUGAGAAGGACAAGGAUGUAAUGGUAACUUUGCGCAAAACAGUUCUGGAGCUGGACAAAAUGGACAUUACAGAGCCGUAUCAUAAAAGGCAUGAAAGAGAGCUCUUGGAUCAGAAGAAAGAGAAGGAGGAGACUCUUUUACUUGAAAUGGAACUGCUGGAACGACAACAGAGCGAAGCCAAACUAGCUGGAGAGAAACAAACUGAUAAGAAACAAAGAGACAGCAAGUCAGGCAUGUCUGGAAGUAAAGGAAUGUCAGGGUCCACUUUAGGAGCAACGCCAUCCUCUUCUACUGGUAAGGAGAUACGGAGAGCCAAACUGGCUCGAAGUCGUUCCCUCAGCGGCCAUCCCACAACAACCAAGAUGACAAACUCGGACAAAACCUUAAAAGUAAAAGAUUUGGGUAGUUGCCCUGGAUCAGGAAAGAGCGCCAUGCUCCCAAUAAAUGACGAUAACCUUCGAUCCCACCACUUUAAUGUUGCUUCGUCAAUCUCCUCCACCGCGUCCACAUCAUCCAUGCCUGUUUUGAUCCGCAGCAACACAAGCAGCUCGGUGGACCACCGGAGUAAUGGGAAUAAAGACACACAGUCCAGGAAACUCUCUGUACAACGAAAGUCAAAUUCUUUUGGAAUGCAGUCUGGGAGAGAGUGAUAACCACUUUGCCUUUUGACUUACAUCCCCUUUCUAUAAGACUUAACAUUCUACAGCAGCGGUUUCGCCCCUUUGGAUCUGUCCAUUCCUCUCUCCUCUAUACCAGAAACAUUUAAGAUGGGCUGGGGCAUCAAAAUGGUCUGCAUCGAUCCAUCUCUGCCUUAUCUCACACAAAAAACAUUUGCAUCAUUUGUCAUAAAAUGAAAACGAGAGUUGAGGAGUAAUUGAAUGUAUUUAAUUUACUGCCUCAUUAUUUUAUUUCUUGUAUUAUAGCAUGCUU